CCUCCUGCCUGUGCCAUUUCCUCCUGAGCCAUGCCGCCCCGUCCUCGACCUUGUUGUACCACACCUCCGGGCCGGUCCUUGGCGCUCUCUUUCCAUUUCCCCCCUUCCUUUUCGUCUCCCAUGUUGAAGGCCACGAGGUCCUCUCCUAGACGAGACACCCAGUCGCUCUCCUGCCCGCCCCGGUAUCCCACGCCCCCCGCCAUCGCUCCUAACAGCAUGCGCUUGGGGAGGCGGUUGUCCUCCAUGCGCAUAACGAGGCGAAACACAGUCUCCGUUUGUUUGCGCACGGUGGCCUCGAUGGCUUCCCCGCAGCCUGCCUGGAUGAGGGCCUGGGCAUAGGACAGGGGGCGGUCUGAGCGUUUCCGCUUGCUCCAGCCGAUGCACCGUGUGAGGAACUGGCGGUGGGUCCCAUUGAGCUUCGUGUAGUGCUCCGCUGUUAGGCUCCACGAGGCGCACCCAUACAGGAGAGUCUCCACCACUUCAGCCUGGAGUAGUAGCCGGAUCUUGAGCUGGCGGUCGGCCCGUCGCCUGUCGUACAUCGAAGCACUGUUCCGGCGGUAGCACUUCCACGCUCGGCAGCUGCGGCUCGUGAUCUCCCGGUCGGCCUUCCCGUCCGCGGAGAUGGUACGUCCGAGCA